AUGCCGUGUUCUUUUUGUUUCCAGCGAAAGCUGUCGUGUCGUAUGAUUGAGAAGUCGACUCGUUGUCAAAAGUGUGUUCGCCGUGGGCGUUCUUGUGAUGGUGUCUUGGUAGCGUCUUCCUUAGAGCGGAUGCUUUCUCAGCAAAAGAAGUUGGACGACGAGGAGGAGGAGGCGAGCGAAAACUUGCUGGCCCUCCAUUCUCGUCUUGCUGAGAUUCAGUCCGAGUUAGCCCUUGCGGCUGGUCGUUUGUCUCGGAUUCGGAAGAUUCGGAAACGGGUGAAGAACAAGAGUUCUGAAUUGUUUGAACGGGGUAUUGCUGAGUUGGACAAGGAAGAUGAUAUUCUUCCUGCUUUGGAUAGCCAUGAGAGAUACAUGAGGUCUAUGGGUGUCCCUGAAGACGUGGACUGGUCCUCGUUUGGUUUGGGUGCAGAUUUUUCUGAUCUGGGUUCCUUGAUUCCUCUGGAUGCUGCCGGUGGUACUGCGCAAGCUUCUGGCGACAAUGCGCCAAAUGCGUCUUAG